AUGGAUGAAAAUAACAACAAUAAUAUAUCAAUAAAUGAAAAUAAUAAUACUGUAAAUAGCAAUAAUAAUAAUGUAAAUAAAAUAGAAAAUAGUGAUAAUAUAAAUAAAUUAAGUAAUAAAGAUGCAAUUUCAUUAUGUGUUCCUGACUUAACAGAGGGUCUCUUAUUGUUAUCUAAAAUACCAUUAGAUGCAAUCACCCUUAAAUUAAAUGAAUUACAGAAAGAACAAUUAUUAUUAUUAAACGAAUUAAAAAAUGAAAAUAUAAAAAUCCAAAAUGUAAAAAAUGUAGAUAUAAUUGUAGAAAAUUUUAAAAAAAUUCAAGAAUAUUUAAUUAAAAUUCAAACAUUAAAAAGGGAAAUGAUAAACUCGCAAGAUAGAAUGAAUAGAUUAAAUGAUAAAGCUAAAAAUUUAAAAGAAAAGAAAAAACAAUAUCAAAUACAACUUAAUGAAAAAGUGGAAAAAGCACUACAAAAAGAAAGAGAAUUAACCGUUAAACCAUCUGCAGAAUUACAACAAUCACAACAACAACAACAAUCGCAACAACAAAAUCAUUCAAAACAAAAACAACCACAUACCCUAAACCAAAAUAUUACAUUAUAA